AUGGCAGACAUUUUACAGUUCAGCACUAAUAUGACUGAGGAGACUCUGAUCGCCUCAGCGAGACUUCACAACCAGUUCCCCCCCGAUACCUCGUUUCCUCAGAUCGACGCACUAUCUGAUGGAUUUGAAGAACUCUGUGCUAUAAUUGCAAAGUACAACGCCCAGAACCAUUUCCGACUGCGGCUUCUCCAUCGACAUACAACAAUCCCUGAAGGACAAAUAUUACUAGGCACCAGCAUAACAGAGCCGUCUGGGUUUUGGACCAGACCUACGCCCAUUUCCGACAUCGAUUUGCAAAAUAUCCACGCUCACAUUAUUUCGGUGGAUGCAACUAGCCGUACGAGUGGAGACGAGAGGAUAAAUUCCCUUCUAUUCCCCUCCGAGUUUCGCGAAGGUCCGCUAGUCAGUGUUGGAAAUAUCGAUGGCAACUUCUUUACGGAGUUCACUGACUGCCUUUGGGCGAAGGGCUUGGGAAAUACUUUCGGACUUGAGGCAAUACAAGAUCAGGUUGGGAAAAUGAUUGAAUUUUCUUUCGAUAUUGGCAGUCUUUUGCUUAACGAGGAGGAGGUGAAGGCAGAAGUGAGGGCGCAGUUGGAGUCUCGAGAAACUGGUUGGGCCGUUAAGGUCAAAGAUGGGGCCGUCGACAAGGACGGCGAGACACGGUGUAUUAUUUAUCCCACUGGCCAUGUUAGAGCCACCAAAGGCCAGGUGGAGACCGUGUUGGACGCUCUGAAGAUCUUGAGGGAGGAAGGUGUAUUGUCAUAG